GCGGAGCUUUGAAUAGGGAAGUUUUUCAGGGGUUACGUUUGCAGUCAGUCCGGUGUUUGCAAAUAUUGUGUGGGCUCGCGAGCGCGUCUCCGGGCUCCAGCAGGAUCCGAACCCGCGGCGCCUAAUUGCUGCGCACUGAGUUUGCAUGAACUUACCCGGCGCUGCAGGCACGGCUGCUGCGCUCCCGACUCCAGACCGCACACCUCCCUGUUUUCACAACAGCAGUGACUGUCUUUUCCAACCCGACAUGGAUGUGCUCCCAAUGUGCAGCAUCUUCCAGGAACUCCAGAUUGUGCACGAGACUGGGUACUUCUCGGCGCUGCCCUCCCUGGAGGAAUAUUGGCAACAGACCUGCCUGGAGUUGGAACGUUACCUCCAGAGCGAACCCUGCUACGUGUCAGCCUCCGAAAUCAAAUUCGACAGCCAGGAAGAUCUGUGGACCAAAAUCAUCCUGGCUCGGGAGAAAAAGGAGGACGCGGACCUGAAGAUGUCCCCCAGCCCCCCCGAGGAUGCUCUCAGCAGCCCCGGCUUCGGCUACAACCUGGAGACCAACAGCCUGAACUCAGACGUGAGCAGCGAGUCGUCCGACAGCUCCGAGGAGCUUUCGCCCACCACCAAGUUCACCUCCGACCCCAUCAGUGAAGUGUUAGUCAACUCUGGAAACCUGAGCUCCUCCGUCACCUCCACGCCCCCUUCUUCCCCAGAACUGAGCAGGGAGCCAUCUCACCUGUGGGGCUGCGUGCAGGCGGAGCUGCACCCCCCGGGGAAGAUGCGCGGCGGGACUGCGGGGAAGCCGGGUGACAAGGGCAGCGGGGACGCCUCCCCCGACGGCCGCAGGAGGGUGCAUCGGUGCCACUUUAACGGCUGCAGAAAAGUUUACACCAAAAGCUCCCACUUGAAAGCACACCAGCGCACCCACACAGGAGAAAAGCCUUACAGAUGCUCAUGGGAAGGGUGUGAGUGGCGUUUUGCAAGAAGCGAUGAGUUAACCAGACACUUCAGAAAGCACACUGGUGCCAAGCCUUUUAAAUGUUCUCACUGUGACAGGUGUUUCUCCAGGUCCGACCACCUGGCCCUGCACAUGAAGAGGCAUCUCUGAAGGGGCGGAGCGGCGAAUCCUGCAGGCUAAAAAGGCUUCCAGGCUGAGACGGCCGUGGAAGGAGGGUGCGUGUCCCAGCCAAAGCCAUUUUGCACCCUACCCGGUCGCCUACAGGACCUACUGGGAAGGUCUUUCGAGGGCGAAAAAAUUCAUGUCAGAAGCGGCGGAGCACCGCGGUGUGUGGUGUUUGGGUGGCCCUGGCCCGCCACUGGUACCUGUCCUCCGAGUGGUCCCUGAGCCUUUGCCGUGAGCAUGUGCACUGAGAAUGUUAAUGGUUGGGUGGGCUGUAUGUGGAGGGUCUCCCACAGACUGUGUGAUGAGGCAAGAGUCCUUUUCCUUGCAAAACUGCAAGAGACAAAAAAAAACGUGGUUUGAAUGUUUUGUGUGUGAGGCGUGUUCCGUGCGUUGGGUGAUGACCUCCAAUUGUUUCCUGGGGGGGGUGUCUGCGCCUUAGAGGGGAAAAAGAAAAAAAAAGAAAAGAAAAAAGAAGGGAACAUGUGGAGGGUAGGAGUGGGCGGUCAGGACCCUGGAGUGGCGAGUGGGUGUGGGGAGGGGAGCGCCUCUCCCUUCCGAGUGUGAGGAGAACGUUCGGUGUCUGGUUCGGCUCUGAAACGUGCAGUGUGCGAUGCGAGUGGCCUAAGCUGCUUGCUGCCACAGCGUGCAUCUGUUACCCGCUGUAUAAGCUGUGUACUUACAAUAUAACACAUCGGUGACUCCUCCUUAUAAGACAAACGUAAUGCAUGGUCUGGGGAAUUAUCUGCUUUUCCAUUUUUCAGUCAGGACUCCAGUUCUGAUCCAGUUCACUGAGCAGCUAAGAUCCGAUUGGUCGAAUUCGGUGAACCCUAGCUGUCUGGGCCUGGCAAUACACAAUCCUUCCCGCACUUCCAUUUUGUAACACUCCCCUUACAGAAAGGCGUUGUGCAGCAUAGGACUGUUUUUGCAACGGUUCCGAGUUUGAAUUGCCUUUCUGGAGAAUUUCACGAUGCCCGUGGAAGAUGUGGGACCCACGCUGGGUGUCCAGAACGCUGGGGCUGGGGAUUGCUGGUCUAACGUGUUACCUUAGACUCAGAACCUGGAAUUCUUCUCAGUUGAGUGGAUAAAACCACUAAAGCUUAGAAACUGUCUUCUCAUGCAGCUAAGUUUCUCGUAUUUAUGCCUUGAGGACUAAUUUCUGGUUUCCUAGCUGUUAAUGCACUGUAGAUCUUAAUAAUGGUGCCUUAUGCAAGUGGCCCCUUGCGUGGGGUCUCCUACAGGGGUAUGGGUGAUGAUGCUUCAUUAAGGCUCUUUUUUCACCUGGCGUUGUACUGUAUCCAUAUUAAUACAGAGAAAAGCAAAUCUAUUUAAGGUCCUCCUUCACAGAGUCAAAUAGAUGAACACCCCUCAAACAAGUCAGUAUCUCCUCAACAGUUCAGACAACUCGACUGUCAGUGUUAAAGUGGAAAACACGAGAUGUUUGGAAAAUCAGACCAUGUCUGCCCCCGUGAGGCUUACAUACAGACUUUGCACAACAAUUGUAUAGAUCCCACACCGGCUGUGUUUAGUAUGUAACAUUUUCACACGUAUUAGAGAUACAGAAGUAUAAAAAACAAUAAUGCAUUUGCUUAAAAGGCACAAGUUUCUCGCAUAUCUAUCUAGCUAUCUGUUGGUAACACAGAAAGUAUAUUACUUUUUUUUUAAGUUGGGCGGAAUUCUUGUGUAUGUAUAUUUGUGCGUAUAGUAUGUGUAUGUGUGUGUGUGUGUAUAUAUAUAUACAUAUAUAGAUAAUAUAUAAAUAUUUUUUUAAGGAGAAGUUGAAUGUUUAGCUAGGAAAUUCCACAGCCUGUGAAGAAAUACUUCAAAAUGGCCAUAAAGGAAGUAAAAACGAAAACAACUUUGGUCAAGGCUUUAUCUUUCGUUUAACGAUUUGCUGCAGGCUCCUGGCGUCACGUCUGUUGCAGACUGCCGGCUCGCUCAUUGUGAUGGGCAGGUCUGGAAUAGGGUACCUGUCUGUGGCCGUGCAGAAGUGGCGUGAACAGAAUACUAGCCCACUGGCUGGUCUCAGACACACGAAGGUUUCGAUUUCAAACGUCAGCCUUACUGAAGAUCUAACCUAAGAGCAAGCUCAUCACAGGGAUUCUUUUGUAGACACUUUUUAUGCAGAUAAAGCUAUUUUCUCCAGCACAUAGGUUCUUCCAGUUUUUCCAACGGGUAAUUGCCCCAAAUUGGCAUGCCGCAGCGUGGACAGCUGCUCCUUCAUCCCGCUGCUGGCUUGUGGGUGCAGAUCAUUUCUUUAUAUAUAUUUAUAUAUGUAUAUAUACACAUAGGAGUCUGACUGGGCUGGUAUUUUGUUUGAUCUUCCUGGAAAUGAGCAAUGGUGAGAGCUCACAUAACUGGUUUUUUUUGUUUGUUUGUUUGUUUUCUUAAAAUCUGGGCUGAUGGAUACACUUCCCUAAAGAACUCAUUUCAUUUUGCUGAGGGGGUAAAAAUGCACUUUUCUUUUGGCAAUUCCAAAUUCCAACUUGAUUUGCUGGAUUUUGGAAAACUCCUUUUUUGGCCCUGCUGUGUCCUUAGCCAUAACAAUUCUAUGAAGCAAGAAGGUAAACAAAAGAAGAAAAA